AUGCUUGCAAAAUUUCGCCAAUAUUUUAUUCAAACUUAUACACAAUUAUCAUCUAUGUUGGCAUUACGUGAAAAUAUUCCAUCAUUUUCCUUGCGCUUUUGCAAUACGAAAUCAGAUUUCCGGAUAAAUGAAUUUACUGAUAAAUAUUUAAGUCAUCGAAAGGCUGAAUUUACUGAAAAAUUAGAAAUUAUCUCUUCUACUUAUCAACCAACAAUUCCAAUAUAUCGGGUAACAAAUUCCGAAGGACAAUUUAUUGAUCCUAAUUAUGAUCUUGAUUUAACAAAAGAAAUAGCAAUAAAAAUGUAUCAAAAUAUGAUAACACUUCAUCAAAUGGAUAAAAUUUUAUACGAUUCACAACGUCAAGGACGCAUUUCAUUUUAUUUGACAAAUACCGGUGAAGAGGCUGCACAAAUUGGCUCAACAGCAGCUUUAGAAGAUACAGAUCUAAUCUAUGGCCAAUAUCGUGAAACUGGCUCAUUACUAUAUCGAGGCUUUCCUUUGGAAAAUUUUAUGCAUCAAUGUUAUGGAAAUGCUAAAGAUAUUGGUGGUGGAAAACAAAUGCCAAUACAUUAUGGCUCAUCAGAACAUCAUUUUGUGACAAUUUCAUCAACAUUAGCUACACAAUUACCACAAGCUGUUGGUUCUGCUUAUGCAUUUAAAAGAGAGAAAAAUGGACGAAUAGUGUUAGCAUAUUUUGGUGAAGGUGCAGCAUCAGAAGGUGAUGCACAUGGUGCAAUGAAUAUGGCUUCGACGCUUAAAUGUCCAGUAAUAUUUUUUUGCCGUAAUAAUGGUUAUGCAAUUAGUACACCAACAACGGAACAAUACGGUGGUGAUGGUAUUGCUGGUAAAGCUAUUGGAUACGGUAUUCAUGUGAUACGAGUUGACGGUAAUGAUUUGAUUGCUGUAUAUAAUGCAACAAAAGCAGCCAGACAAAUGGCAAUGGAAAAUGAGCCAAUUCUUAUUGAAGCUAUGACAUAUCGUUUAGGACAUCAUUCAACGUCUGAUGAUUCAACUGCUUAUCGUUCAAAUGAAGAAGUUAACAUUUGGCAACAGAAUGAUAAUCCAAUCAUUCGAUUUCGUACAGUUCUUCAAAAUAUGGAAUGGUGGAAUGAUGAAGAAGAAAUGGCAUAUCGGCAAAAAGCACAGAAAGAAAUUAUGAAGGCAUUUUUGUAUGCCGAAAAAAUACCAAAACCAAAUAUUUUAAGUAUGUUUGAUGAUGUUUACAAGGAAAUGCCGAAAAAUUUACAAGAGCAACGUGACGAACUUGCAGAGCAUUUGAAUAAUUAUGGAAGAUACUAUCCAAUGAAAAAUUUCGAAGGCACUUAA